AUGGGCAUGUGUAUAGGGCCAAUCAUCAGCACAUAUAUCGCUGAGCACUUGGGAUGGCAGUGGACGUUUCAUGUUGCAGCAAUUGUGACUGGUGUGGUGUGUUUUCUUCUCAUUGGGAUUCGUGAGUCACGGCCCUCCUUAAUUCUCGUACGAGAAGUGGCCAAACUGCGAAGUGAAACCGGCAUCGAUACGCUCAAAGCAUUGAACCCCGAUCAUACACCGGACUUGAUGACUUUCAUUCGCCUCGCACUAUUUCGUCCAAUUCAGCUCUUCUUUACGGAGCCUAUCAUUUUCUUGGUCUCUACUAUAAGUGCGAUCGCAUUCGCUAUGGUCUAUCUUUUCACAGAGGCCUUGCCUCCGGUGUACCAGUCAAUGGGGUUCUCUAAUGAAUCGUCUACUCUUCCAUUCCUGGCGAUAUGCAUUGGUUUGGUUUUGGGAUUACUAACCCGCAUCAAAGAUCAUCGAAAAAUCACAUAUGCCGAGGAGCAAGGUAUCGUGCUAGAACCCGAACAUAAACUCAUCGGCUUCUCAAUCGGAGCACCUUUGCUUGCUGGUGGGCUUUGGUGGUUUGCCUGGACUAUUCCUCCAUUGGUAGACGUAGACCAUUUUUAUUGGGUCGUAUCGGCCAUAUCCUUGGUUUUCAUUGGGUAUUCAUUGAAUGAGUUCGACACCGUCCUUGGCGGAUAUCUAGCAGACAGUUAUCUGAGUUUCUCUGCCAGUGGCUUUGCAACGCUUGCGCUCUUGCGCUCAUUGCUGUCAGCUGCCUUUCCACUGUUUGCCGCGGAUAUGUUCGAAGGACUUGGUGCAAAUGUAGCCUCGUCGAUCCUCGCGGGUCUGGCUACUUUGUUUUGUGUUGUGCCACCGCUGUUCACAAAAUAUGGCAAGCAAAUUCGAGCUCGCAGUAAGUUUGCUCGGUAUAGCUUGGAGGUUUAUCAUGAGAACAGUAUUGAGAAAAACGGACUUUGA